AUGGAAGGUGGACCCGGACCGAGGACCAACAGCGACAACUCUGUUAUGGAAGGUGGACCCGGACCGGUUAUACUACCAGGAGAAGGGACGAGCAGUAAUAACCCUGUGCCCGUUGUAGGUGGACCCGGACCAGUUAUACUUCCAGGAGAGGAGGAAAACAGCGACAACUCUGUUCCUAUGGAAGGUGGACCCGGACCGGUUAUACUACCAGGAGAAGGGACGAGCAGUAAUAACCCUGUGCCCGUUGUAGGUGGACCCGGACCAGUAAUACUUCCAGGAGAAGAAACCAGUGGUGACAACUCUAUUCCUACGGAAGGUGGACCCGGACCAGUUAUACUUCCAGGGGAAGGGACGAGCAGUAGCAACCCUGUGCCCGUUGUAGAUGGACCCGGACCAGUCAUAGUCCCAGGAGAAGAGACGAGCAGCGACAAUUCUGCGCCUGCCGUCGACGGACCCGGGCCAGUUAUACUUCCAGGCGAAGAAACUACUAGCGACAACUCUAUUCCUAUAGAAGGUGGACCCGGACCGGUCAUACUUCCGGGAGAAGAAAUGAGCAGCGGUAAUUCCGUUCCAGCUGUAGCCGGACCUGGACCGGUUAUUCUUCCAGGAGAAGAAUUGGGAAGCGACAAUUCUGCACCUACCGAAGAUGGACCUGGACUAGCUAUAUUUUCAGAAAAAAUCAGCGGUGGUCUGACGACAACAGAAAGCGAAUGA